AUGUCGUCAAAUAUCCUUCCAGAUACACAGCAAGUCAGGUUGCCGUCAAUUCGCAACUUGCUGCUUUCGAUAGAUACCCCUACAGCUACAACUGAUCCACGACAUCACCUUCCAGUUAUUCCAACUAAUGCGGUUGCUGUAUCGGCUCCAUAUCGUCCACAAUCAUUGCCCUUCCAUGAAAAACCUCAGUACGUGCAUCCAAACCAACAGCAACAGGCACAAUCACAGUUUGUUGAAGAUCGACUGAUAAAACCGCAGUUGAGUCCACCCAUGCAGACUGAACCCAAUUGGUCCUACAGUUCAACGAAACUGCAUACGCAGGAGCGUAAGGGCAGUGUCAACAGCGGUAGUAGUUCCCAUGAUGCGAACAAUAGCGGUGGUAUUAGCAAUGGCAGAAGAUCGAAUUUACCAAAAGAGACUGUGCAAAUUCUGAAUACGUGGUUAUUGGAUCAUUUAAGGAACCCAUACCCAACUCCGCAGGAGAAACGUGAAUUACUGAUAAAGACCGGUCUAACCAAGAUUCAAUUAUCUAAUUGGUUUAUCAAUGUCAGAAGAAGAAAAAUCUUCUGCGACUACUAUGAGUUGGCUAAUAGGAAUCGAAAUUCCAGUGAAUGCACAGAACAAGUCACUGAAGAAGCCGUCUGGGCUGCAACUUCGUCGUCGACCGAGGAAGAAGAGCUAGCCAAGAGAUUUGCUCAAGUACCCCUGACUAGGCGUAAGAAAUUAAUCGACAGGUUGGAAGAAUUGAAGAAAGCCUCUCGAGCUGGUUAA